AUCGUCUGCUUCAAUGGCUGCGAUCAUCAAGUUCACGGCGCUGUCGGGCGUCGAUGAGCGCUCGCCGUUGUGCUAUCUGCUGCAAAUUGACGAGGCGCACAUUCUGCUCGACUGCGGCUGGGACGAAGCGCUGGACGAGCAGAGCCUCAAAGCCAUCCAGCUAUACGCACCUCAGAUUGACUGCGUGCUGGUGUCGCACCCGGACUUGGCGCACUUGGGCGGCCUGGCAAUGCUGGCUGGACGGUACAAUCUGCCGCCGAGCUGCCCGAUCUACGCGACGAUUCCCGUCCACAAAAUGGGGCAGAUGUUCAUGUACGAUCUGUGGAUGUCGCACGCCGAGAUGCAGGGCGAAGGCGCGCUGCCGUUCACCCUCGACGACGUGGACGCUGCGUUCGAGCGCAUCACCACGCUCAAGUUCCAGCAGCGCGUCGUCGUUCCGCUGGGCGCAAAGACCAAGCCCAUUACAAUCAUCCCGCACGCGGCGGGCCACAUGGUUGGCGGCACGAUCUGGCGCAUCAUCACGGAAGGCGAGGACAUUGUCUAUGCCGUCGAUUUCAACCACCAGCUCGAGCGCCACCUCAAUCCGACCGAGCUCAAGGACCUGUUCCAGUACGAGCGGCCAUCCAUUCUCAUUUCAAACUCGUUCAAUUAUGGCGCAGAGUCGGUGCCGCGCAAAACCCGUGAUCGGCUGUUUCUGGACUCGAUCGUCAACACGCUCAUCAAUCCCAAGGACGGCAGUGCUGGCGGCAGUGUGCUCAUCCCGACAGACACUGCCGGUCGAGUGCUCGAGCUGGCACAGGUGCUCGACAAGCAGUGGGAAAAGUACAAGAACUUUCCGAUUGUCGUCCUGUCGCACAUUUCGCGCACCGUGAUGAACUUUGCCAUGGCUCAAAUCGAAUGGAUGAGCGCCAAGAUGCAAAAGGAGUUUGAGACGACGCGCAGCAACCCGUUCAGCUUUGCGCACAUCAAAAUGUGCCAGACCAUGGAGGAGCUGGCUCAAGUUGCCAAAGAAGGCACGCCUGUCGUUGUGCUUGCGAGUAUGGAGGGCCUCACCUCCGGCUUUGCACGCGACCUGAUGCUCAAGUGGGCUGAAAACCCGAAAAACCUAAUCAUCUUCCCCAACAACUCGCCAGCAAGCGACCUUGCCAAGAGUUUGGUCGAGAAGAAUCGCCAAAUCGUUAUUGACGUCAAGACUCGCAUUGCACUCGAAGGCGAAGAGCUGGACGAGUACCUUCGUGAACAAGAAGAGGCUGAGAUGGAACUGGCAGCGCUGCAGACGGACGCCGCCGACGACGACAAUGCCGCAGAUGAUGCCGUUCCCAUGCAGACAGCAUCUGGUUCUGGCUCGGCGGGCUAUGGAAGUGGCCAGCAUCGCGGCUCUGCCGCAGCAGAUGGAUCGCAGCUCCUGCACCAGUUAGAUGCCGACUUGGAAGACGAGGAGGAUGAAGAUGACGAGCUCAAAAUUCUGCGGGCAAUCCACGCUGCUCCCGGUGCAUCCACCUCCGACUCUGCACCUGGCCGUGGCGGUCGUUCAACAGGAACAAGUAGCGGCGGCCGACAUCGCUUCAAGCACGACAUUUACAUGCUGGGUGACGAAGCUCGGCUCUCCAAGCGCGGAGACUUUUUCAAACAAACCCGCACCUUCCCCAUGUUCCCGUUUGUCGAGCAGCACCGCAAAAAGGCCGACGAAUGGGGCGAGGUGAUUCGGCGGUCGGACUAUCAGAUCUUGACGGAAGAGUUUACAGACACGCUCAAGCCGCUGGCAUCCACCAGCAGCAGCGCCGGUACUUCUCAUGCAACAGCCAUGGUGACUGGAGAAGAAGAAACGGGUCUUGAGAGCACUCUGAAACUCGACACCUCCCAAAUCAAGCAGCAAUUACACGCAACUGCACACAAUCGGCCGUCUAAAACGGUCUCGAAGCAAGUCGCGUUGCAAAUCCAAUGCACCGUUAAACAUGUUGAUUUGGAAGGCCGUGCCGACUCCAUGUCCUUAGCAACCAUUUUUGAGAGUGUUAACGCGCGCCAGCUUAUUCUGGUACACGGUUCAGCAACAUCGUCAAACGAGCUUGAAAGUGCACUUCGAGUGAAAAUGCCGCAAUGCAAAGUUACUAUCGCUGCUCUUAACACCACCAUCGACGCCAGCUCGGAGCACAACAUUUACCAAGUUCGGUUGCGCGACUCGCUCAUGAGCACGUUGAAAUUUUCCACUACUGGAAUGUUCGAGCUGGCAUACUUCCAUGGCCAAAUUCACGUCCCGACUGGGGGCAAGACCACAUUGGAGCUCGAUGUGCUUCCAGCACACCUCGUUCCAGGCCACGCCCAGGUCUUUGUGGGUGACCCUAAGCUGUACGAGGUGAAGGAAGUGUUGAUUGAGGCGGGCUUCCACGCCGAGUUUGUUCAAGGCGUGCUUGUUUGCAACGACACGAUUGCCAUUCGCAAGCAAGACCAAGCUUUCGCAAUCGAAGGAGGGCUGUCCGAGGAUUAUUUCGCAGUGCGCGAUGUCUUGUAUGAUCAGUUUGCCAUUGUAUAAUUCCAUUUGCUUGAUGUUGGCUCGACCCAAAACAAAAAAUUCAAAAUAAACUAUCAAACAACGAA